UUUAAGUAGAAGAAUAAAUAAGAAGACAAGACGAGAGAAAUUUGUGAGGAGAAAAGACGCGAUUUUCGCGUUUCUUUGAGGAUUUAAACUAGAGAAUCCUGCCUGCAAUCAGAAGUACUGUCCGCAUUUUUACCGCGAGGAGGUGACUCGUUAUUACUUCGGACUGUUUCAUCCACACCCAUAAAGUGAUUGAGACCUUCAAUGAAGCUUCUCCUACAACAAUCCACCAAUAAAUGCUGGAGUCAAACACACAGAGAAAUCACUCCAUGUGUGACAACUGAAAUCUUCAUGACAUAAUGUUGAUGCUGGUGAAAGAGGAGCUUGAGAAGAUGACAGAUCCACAACCAUGCAGAAUAAAGAAUGAAGAUACUGAGGAACAAAUAGAUAUGGUAGAAGUGAAAAAGGAGAGUCAAGCUGAAGUGGAUGAGAAACAUCAGAAUGUAAAAAUAAACCAUAAUGUUUCACAGAAAGAAACUCUGAAGACAGAAGACAUAAAGUGUGAAACGAGUUUCCGAAAAUGUGGUCGCCCUGCAGAUCACAAGAGGACUCACAGUGAGGAGAAACCUUUAACAUGUCAACAGUGUGGAAAGAGUUUCAUAUCUAAAAGUAAACUUGAGGCUCACCUGAGAAUUCACACUGGAGAGAAACCUUACACGUGUCAUCUUUGUGGAAACGGUUUCACAGUUGAAUCUAGCCUUAAGAAACACAUAAGAAUUCACACUGGAGAGAAACCCUACAUGUGUCAACAGUGUGGAAAGAGUUUUAAAACUUCAGGUGACCUUACGAGACAUGUGAAAAUUCACAGUGGAGAGAAACCACAUGCGUGCCAAGAGUGUGGAAAGACUUUUACAUCUAUAAGUUACCUUAAGAAACACAUGAUAACUCACACUGGAGAGAAACCACAUGUGUGCCAUGAGUGUGGAAAGAGGUUUACAUCUAAAAGUAAACUUAAGGCUCACAUGAGAAUUCACACCGGAGAGAAACCUUACACAUGUCAACAGUGUGGAAACAGUUUCGCAGUUGAAUCUAGCCUUACGAAACACAUGAGAAUUCACAGUGGAGAGAAACCUUACACGUGUCAACAGUGUGGAAAGAGUUUUAAAUCUUCAAGUGACCUUACGAGACAUGUGAAAAUUCACAGUGGAGUGAAACCACAUGCGUGCCAUGAGUGUGGAAAGACUUUUACAUCUGCAUGUAACCUUAAGAAACACAUGAUGUCUCACACUGGAAUGAAACCGUUUACAUGUCUUCAGUGUGGAAAGGGUUUCAGAGAUAAAAGUAACCUUGAGAUUCACAUAAGACUUCACACUGGAGAGAAACCUUACACAUGUCUUCAAUGUGGAAAGUGUUUCAGAACAAAAGCUAACCUUGAGAUUCACAUGAGACUUCACACUGGAGAGAAACCUUACACAUGUCCUCUUUGUGAAAGGAGUUUCACAACAAAAGCUAACCUUGAGAUUCACAUGAUGCUUCACACUGGUGAGAAACCGUUUACAUGUCCUCAUUGUGGAAAGAGUUUCACAACAAAAGGUAUCCUUGAGACUCACAUGAGACUUCACACUGGAGAGAAACCGUUUGCAUGUCCUCAUUGUGGAAAGAGUUUUAUGUGGAAAUCAAGUCUUAGAAAUCACCAGCGCUUACAUUCUGAAGAAAAGACAUUCAACUCUUCUGUGCAGUGAUGAGUUUAUUAUGACAUUUGAAUCAGAAGAUACACACGAGUGGUCAUGAGUGGAUAUGUAAAGUCUUACCGUGAGUUCACACCAGCUGCGUCUGAGGCGUUAAAAUCGCGUCUAGUUUGCCGCUUGAACAUUAUGGGGCGCUUUCCCAGACAGGGAUUGGACUCGUCUUAAGCACUAUUCGGACGGGAUUCGUUUUCCAAACGACGUUUGAAAUUCAACGUGUCCCCCAGGACGUCUGUGAUUUUAUGCACCGAUCCGGAUGGGAUUAAAAUGAUGCAGGCUAUUCUAGAGAUGGGAGUGUCUGUUUCAUGCAUUUGGGCGUUGCCGUAGCACGUGCUCUGGAUACGCGUGAUUGUAAUGUUUAAUAUUUUGCUUUAAAUGUAAAAUUAUGACAGAACAUGUAAUUUAUUAAUUUAAUUUUAAGAAAUCAAAAUAAAAUAUACAAAUCCUACUAAAGUAACGUUAGCCUACGUGUUUUAUAUAACUGUCUGCUUAUAAUAAACACAAAGAAAUGAAGAAAUAAUGAUUAAUAAAAAUUUAUUAUCUUUAUUAAUUAACAUUACCAUUCCGGAGCUGAACAACUUUGAACGGAGUUUCUUAUAACGUUAAUGAUAUUACAGUGGCCAGCCUUAACAGUGUAUGAUAUUCAGCUCGUCUUGAUUUAAUUAUUUUAUUUUGCUGAAUGCGAAAAAACAUUAAUAUCUGAAUGAAUGGGACUCAAUACAUGGGAAAUACAAUAUACGCGCAUUAUUAAGACCUUACGGCAGAUCACGUUGGCCAAAACACGACAAGAACCGCGUUUUCAAAAGAUAUUGCGGGCAAACACAGACAUUUGCAUUCGGACGGGAUUAAAAAACAGUAGGUAAAUUGCUCUGGAAUUCUUACGGAGGUCGUCAGAGAAAAACACAGACAUGGCCGAUUCGGACAGGAUUAAAAACACAGAUGACCUCUGAGAAGCACGAUUUUCUCAGAGGUCCCCCUGUAAUACUAAUCCCGUCCGAAUAGGACUUUAGACUUAAACAUUUUUAAGAGCUGUCCAAACUGAAAACAACUUGCACUAACAUAUCUUAAAAUACAUCAGUACCCUUUGUUUUGCCUCAAAAUGCACAAGGCAUGGAAAAUGAUGGUUAUAUUUCAUAAUUAAUCUAAGGCCUAGUCCUGGAUUAAGAUUAUCCCUGUCCGGGAAACUGCCCCUUUGAUUUGAAAUUCGCAAUCUAGCACUAAAGGUAAAUCUAAUCUUUACAUUUAGUGCAAUGAAGUUUAGUGACGAUUGACCAAUCAGUGAUCUACUGUGUUUUCGUGUCAUGCUUGGUAUCAGCUUGGGUCGCUUGGAACCCCAACCGAGGUGGUAUGAAAAAACGGGUACUACGUACUGCACCCAAUGGAAAAGCUCCCAAAAGCAAGCUGACCCGACCCAAACUAAACCAAACCAAACCGUGGGGUACUAUGCAAUGGAAACUGAUCGGUUAUCAUUUUGUUUCACGUGACUACAGCGCAAGUGUCCGCAACAUUGUGCUCGAGGUUUCCCCCACAUAUCAGUAGGGGUGGGACAAAAAAUGUAUUCUUGGAUGAAUCGCGAUUCAGACGUGGGCCGAUUCUGAAUCGAUUCACAAAUGUUAGUUUACAAAAUAAUAACAUGACGUUAUCAUAACCAAAAGGCGUAACUCAACUGGGGGAGCGGUGCUGCACACGGACAACUUAAGAGAGCAUGCACUGCACGAGUGCACAGUGGAGCUUACAUGAGCAGAAGAGAAAGAAAUAAAAUCUAGAACAGCCCUGUUUGACUCAUUCUAAACUGCAAGAAAACAAGAUACACUUUGGGAUAGUCUUUCUCUGCCUUUUCUCUGUUCAGAGAGCAGCAGGGAGAAACGGCACAUUUAAUUUAAUGACUCUUCUGGCUAGGGGUGGGCGAUAAACCGGUUGACAUGAUUAACCGGUAGAAAUUUGUCAACCGGUAGAGAUUUUGGACUAUCGUCUCUAUCGAGGUUACGCGCCCACGUCACACUCCUGUUUGCGUGGUUGUGGAAAUGAAACGUUUGUACACGUUUUGAAGAGCCGCAGUUUUAAAACAAGUUAUUUUAAGCCAUUGAAACACAAAUAACAGAUCUAUAUGUGUGCGCUCUUUCUGUCUGUGAGGAGCGCGCAAGUCGCGCAACUGCUGCUCUUUCUGUCUAUGAGGAACGGACAAGUUGUGAAACCGCUGCUCAUUAAGCUUGUGAGCAUUUUUCCCGCUUUAUUGGCUUUAAAUGCAUAUAUGCGUCAAAAUUCCCGCAUUUGCAAGCAUCCUCAUAAACACGACCAUUUAGGACUUAAGACAAAGUUAACGGCUAAGAGAAAACGCAUGUGAAACAUAGAGGCUGUUUACACUUGGCAUUAACAUGUGUUUUCGUCGAUCGGAUCACAAGUGGACGACAUUAAUGCCAGGUGUAAACGGUGUUCAAAACGUUUUGAGCUCGUCCACUUUCGACCACUUUCAACCACAUCCAGAGGUGGUCGAAACCACUUUCGAUCGGAUCGCUUUGGAGUUGCGGAACGCACAUGUGGUUGAAUGCGUUCGAACAGCCACACGCGACCGCCUUCUCUCCGCCCAUGUAUCUAAUCUGAGGUAUUAAACACAAGUUUUACGUCUUUUUUGACUUCUGGCGUGAACAUACGGUGAACAGCGCUAUUUUUAGCCUUUCAUUGAUAAAACUAAAGCGGCUGAUAUCCGUAGUUUCAUUUUGAAAGCGUGUGAAAGUUGUGCGAUCCUAUUUCAUCAAUUGCGCUGAAAAUUCAAAGAAAGCUCUUACAUACUCAUGAACAAAACACUGUGCAGCAUGUUUACUUGCUAAACAAGCAGUGCACUCCGACAUAAUAUUAGUUUGCGUCCAUAUAAACUCAUAAUUACUCCCGCUCGGGUUUGAAUGACAGCAGAGAGACUCGCCCACCGUCUCACAGACCACCCCCUCAUAGUAUUCAGCACAGAAGCGGUCGAAAGUGGACAAAAGAGACGGAUUUAAAUACCAGGUGUAAACGUAAUGUGUCUCUCUCGUCCACUUGUGAUCCGAUCGAUGAAAACACAUCUUAAUACCAAGUGUAAACAGCCCCAUAAAGUAGGGUCCGGACUUUGGUCUUAAAGGGGAAGUUUCCUAAUUCUGUUCCUGUCUGUCACUCAGGUUUAUGAAACAGCAUUAAGAGAAAAUCUCUACCUACUUCUGGCUGUGCUAAUAGCAUUUCACUAAGCCAUCCGCUGAUUGUUUAUAUAUAAAGACAUGAAUAUACUUCUGUAAAAAUAUGCACAUAGUUUGUUAUUCAGUCGCUGGGUGCACUGCAUUAUAUAAAUACAAUAAUACUGCCAAUCACUGUGUAUAAUGAUGAUGCUAGACGCUUAAGGUUAGUCAGUUCGUGUAAGUUAAUGAUGGUUAACAAAUAGAAUUAAUAUGUCACGUUUAAUUACUAUUUUUACUGUUUUUAAUGUCUUACAACAGAAACAGGACAUAUAUGUAUAUAAGAAUGACAUUAUUUAUCCCUUAGUUGCAUUAAAGUACAGUAUAUGACAGUUCAGAGACUAGUAGCAAAAGCGCAAAUAUUAACCUGGCUUUGAGAGCAAAUGUGACGUAAUGACGUCACAGAUGUGCAAAUUAGUACGUCAAGAAUCUAUUCUAAAUCGAUUCUGAAUCGAUUCAUGAGGGUCCAAGCGAUUCCCACCACUACAUAUCAGGUUUCUGAUUUUAAAUAUUUAAUAUGUUGAAUAUUUCUGAAAAAUUCACACUUAAGAGAUGUUAUGUGUUUUGAUUGUGAAAACAGUUCUGAUGUGUCAAUCAUUUCUUUAUUACUGUGCUUCUGUUUCAUGUUCUUUUGGGGGUCUAUAUGAUCCCAGACCCUCUUCAAAUAGUUUAAAAACAUAUGCAGUGUUAUUUUUUAUUCUGAUAUUUCAUGACCAUUUUCCUUUACAUCAGAUCAUUUUACAAAUGUUUUUUCUUGAUUAUCGAUUACAUGUGAUGCUGACCCCAGUAAUAAAAGUUAUUACUGCAUGACCACCAAAUGGAUUGUCACAACUUUGAAUCUGUUCAGCACACAUAACACUCUGAUCUUGGCAUAUUUAGAUUUGUUAUUUACUUGCAACAGUUUGUUCAAUGUUAA